CUCACUGACGCUCCAAGAUGCUCGCCCGUGCCACUUUCCGCGCCGCCUCGGCCCCAACUCUCGUCGCCCGCCGCGGCUUCCAGUCGACCCGCGCCCACAUGUCCAGCCCGUACCACUACCCCGAGGGCCCGCGCAGUAACUUGCCCUUUGAUCCGCUGAAGAAGGGCUUUGCCUUCAAGUACUGGGGAUUCAUGGCUACCGGCUUCUCCCUUCCCUUCCUCCUUGCCGUCUGGCAAACCAAGAAGAACAAAUAGGCGCAAUCUCUUGCAGCGUGAUAGUGGGUUUCGGGCACGCCAAGGACAAAGUGUCUGUAGAAUAUUAGGCGGCGCCUGGGGCGACUGUAUAGACAUCACAGCAUCAAUUUCAUUGCCUGUCGCUCAAC